GACAAAAUGCAGUUGUUUUGUUGACCUUAAUAAUAGAAAGCCAUGUAUGAGUCUUAAAAUAGUAUUGAAGCCUGUUGUACGUUUGUGUGUAUUUCCCAUGAGUCUCAGGGUGGGGGCGCUUUGUUUCGGGAGUCAUAAAAUUCGGGACAUUUCAGCAAUGCUGUUACUGAGACACUGGCACACAGUCUCAAAUGUAGAGUAAGGAUUCUCCCUCCAUUCCUGUAGGUGUCACUAGAGUCGGCCAACCCCCUCCCUCUCCAACCCACCGUCCUUCUCCUCCUCCCAUCCACAAAACCUCCGCGAAAGGGUGUGCGCCUUUUGAAGGUUGCACGAAGCCAAACAUAGCUUCAGACAAGCGCGCGUCCCACUUGGUUUCACAACCCGGGACAAGUCUGUGACCAGCAGCGAGGGAGAUCACCUCCCUCUCCUCCUCCUUUCACCGCUCCCGACUAGACUCCUCUCCACUGGGGAAGAAGAAAGGAUAUGCCGCAUAUGCCCGGAGUCUGGCACUAAAAAGUUAAAGUGGAAUGAGGUAGACGGGAUGAUAGGAUGUGGCAGCUGCGUGGUUUCAUCUCAAGGUCAGUGUCCGGGAGCUGGUGGAUUUGUGGGACUGUGGGAGCGGAGGAGACGCUGCUGAGGGGAUGGAUGUCUCUGUGGUUUCACUGUCUCCAGCAUCAACAGUGACACAUUUCACCGACGAGGACGUUGACAGCCAGCGACACAGAAACGGAAGAACUUGUGAAAGACUGUUGUGAAGAAGCCGACCUGUGAAGGCUGUGUUUUACGGUCAGGUUGUAAAAGUCUGCUCUUCUUUAUUUAUCUCCUUGGCCGUUGUUGUCUUCCUUUAUUGGCCUGUGACGGCGCGAACGUUCACCUGGCUACGAGCCCCAGUACCGAAAGCAGACAGACGGACCUGACCGCGGAAGAUGUGGGUCUCGAUUAAGGAGUGAUCGUCGAACCGACCGUUAAAAGUCGACCUCUGGGCGUUAAGAAGUUUAAUUAAAACUCGACUACAGUGAACUACGUUGGAGCAGUGAGGUUAUGGUUUGAAGUGAACUUUCCUACCCCCGAUAAUCUUCGACUUUAUUGAUCAACAAAAAUGCCUUCGAGGACAGCUUCGCCGUGCCGCACCGGCUUCGGGAGGAGUUUGCCGGAGCUGGGGCUGAUCGUGCUCCUGGUGCUGCUGCUCCUACAGGGCUCCGUGCUUCCCCUCGGAGCAGCCAGCUCUCCGGAUGUUGGUCACCAGGAAAACUCAGGCAGCCACAAAGAAGCGGACGUGGUGCAUAACUCCACCAAGAAGGCUUUCCCUGUGCUCAGCGUUGACUACCAUCACAUACAGACGCCCUUCGAAAUAUCAUUAUGGGUUCUCCUGGCCUCUUUAAUGAAAUUAGGUUUCCACCUGAUUCCACGUCUGUCCAACAUUGUGCCAGAAAGUUGCCUGUUGAUAGUGGUGGGCCUGCUGGUGGGGGGGCUCAUCAAAGUCGCUGGAGAGAAGGUCCCCCCAGUGUUGGACUCCAGGUUGUUCUUCCUCUGCCUGCUGCCCCCCAUCAUCCUGGACGCUGGCUACUUCCUGCCCAUCCGCCCGUUCAUGGAGAACCUGGGCACCAUCCUGAUGUUCGCUGUGGUUGGGACUUUGUGGAAUGCCUUCUUCAUCGGCGGCCUGCUCUACGCCGUGUGUCAGAUCCAACCGUCCAAUCCCUCCGACCUCCACCAACUGGAGCUCCUGCCUUGCUUGCUCUUUGCCUCCAUCAUCUCAGCCGUGGACCCCGUCGCUGUGCUCGCAGUUUUCGAGGAGAUUCACAUCAAUGACGCCGUCACUGUGGUGCUCUACCAUCUUUUCGAGGAGUAUGCAGGCGUUGGCUCGGUGACGGUGAUGGACGUCGUCCUAGGAAUCAUCUCCUUUUUGGUGGUUGCAGUCGGGGGUGUUUUAGUCGGAGCAAUCUACGGCAUCCUGGCCGCCUUCACCUCCCGCUUCACCUCACACACGCGCGUCAUCGAGCCGCUCUUCGUCUUCGUGUACAGCUACAUGGCGUACCUCUCUGCUGAGAUGUUCCACCUGUCAGGCAUCAUGGCGUUGAUCGCGUGUGGGGCAGUAAUGCGUCCUUACGUUGAGGCCAACAUAUCCCAUAAGUCCCACACCACCAUCAAGUACUUUCUGAAAAUGUGGAGCAGCGUCAGCGAAACGCUCAUCUUCAUAUUUCUGGGCGUGGCCACGGUGGACGGACCUCACUCUUGGAACUGGACGUUCGUCACCGUGACCGUCAUUCUGUGUCUGGUGGCUCGAGUCAUAGGCGUGGUGGGCUUGACCUUCAUCAUCAACCACUUCCGCAUCGUCAAACUCACCACCAAGGACCAGUUCAUCAUAGCCUACGGUGGCCUGCGAGGAGCCAUCGCCUUCUCCCUGGGCUUCCUGCUGGAUAAAAAUCAUUUUCCAAUGAGAGAGAUGUUCCUCACGGCCAUCAUCACCGUCAUCUUCUUCACCGUCUUUGUGCAGGGGAUGACCAUCAAACCUCUGGUGGAGCUGCUGGCAGUGAAGAAGAAACAGGAGGCCAAGCGUUCAAUUAAUGAGGAAAUCCACACCCAGGUAAAAUAACACAUCCAACCGUACAAGUACGUGAAGAAGUGCCUGAUUGCGGGCGAACGGUCCAAGGAGCCGCAGCUCAUCGCCUUCUACCACAAGAUGGAGAUGAAACAGGCCAUCGAGCUGGUGGAGAGUGGGGGGGGGGUCAAGCUGCCCUGCGCCAUGCCUUCCACUGUCUCCAUGCAAAACAUCCAGCCUAAAAAGCCUCCUCCUGCCAAGACUGCGGAGCGAGCUCUGCCUCAGCUGCCUAAAGGCCGAGAGGAGGAGAUCAGGAAGAUUCUCCGCAGUAACCUUCAGAGGACACGACAGAGGCUGCGCUCCUACAACCGUCACACUCUGAUUGCCGACCCGUACGAGGACGGCUUCGGUGACCUGCUGAUUAAGAAGCAGAAGAUGGUGGAGCUGGAGAAGAAGAUAAAGGAGAUGAACAACUACCUGACGGUUCCUGCUGCUCCUCCCGACUCCCCGACCAUGUGCAGAGCCAGACUGGCUUCAGGGAGAAAUACUGAUUUCAAACCUGCUCUGCAGCAGAAAGAGAGCAGAACCUGUAAAGACCCCCAGGCCUACAGUGUGAAGCCGCCGUCUGGACCGCUGCCGACCAUUCAGGUGGACCUGGCGUCUCCUCAGUCUCCAGACUCCGUGGAUAUAAUGAGCGAGUUCAAACAGGCCAAGCGGGAGGUGGAGGAGGAGGACCAGGGCCUCGUGAUGAGUCCUGCCGACGGACCGAGCCGCCAGGGCGAGGGAGACACGGGCAGGGAACAGAAGUUGAUGAGGUGCCUCAGCGACCCGGGUCCCAGCGCCGACGAGGACGAGGACGAACCCUUUCUGCCUUAAACCCCGGCAGAGCGGACGGGAGGGAUCGGGCCGCUCGCUAACCUCCGCCGGUCAGAGCAGGGGGAGAGGGGAGGGGAGGGGGGGCUUUAGCUGCUCUGCUCUCGUAAUAUCUCUUUGGUUCCAAAACCAAAGAAGCCUAAACUGCAAACGCUGACAGUGAAAAGGAAAAAAAAAGCCUGAAAAAAUAAAACAAAGAGCCAUUAGUUUAAUAUCCGAUCCUCAUCGCUCUUUAUUUUUUUAAAGUCAGGAGCUCGGAGUUGGCGAAGUUUCUAUGACGGACAUCCAGGAAAGAACUAUGCAUAACCAAAAGUCUGGACUGUUUCACCAAAUGCUGUUUUUAAUUUCACGUCACUUGUUUGUUUUUUUGUUUCCUUUCUUUUUAAUCUUGUUUCAUUUUUUUUGACCAAAUUCUCUAAUAUCAUACUUUUGUCCGAUGUGAGGGUGACCAGGUUGCAAUCAUUAAAAUGUUGAGUAGCCUAGAUCAGUGUUUCCCAAACAUUUGUUUUUCUGGGGACCCAUAUUUUAAAAAGUCACAAACCUUCAUGACCCAAGUCAAUGGACAUUAUUCGUAAACUCCAGGGAAACACGGUCCGAGACGACCCCAAAAAAAAAAAAAAAAAUCCCAAUCUUUGGGAAACAACGGCCUUCAACACAAUGAUAUUCAUUUCUUAUUUGCCCCAGCAGUGACUCCGACCAGUCUGGUCCUUCACAGGCUGAAGCUGCACUUUCUCUUCUUUUGUUUUUAUUUUUAAAUUCUGGAUUUUCUCUUUUUUCUCUGUAAAGAUUCUGAACAUUUCAAACUCGUCCGAAUUGAGGUUCAAAUUUGCAUCACGACCCAAAAACUGUCCAAAUGAAGUGCAGUCUCCUCACACACACACACACACGGGGACACCUGGUCGCCCUAGCUGACGAUGGAUUUUUCCUUCCGUGUCCAGAAAUAACUGGAUAUUAAAUCAAACAUUUAGCUACAGGAAAAUAUUUGGCCUUAUUUUAUACAUUAUGUUUUUAUAUAUUUUUUUGUCUUUCAAACAUUUUUGUUUCAGGGCUACUGAUAUCAAUUUUAUGGCGUUCUAUUGUAGCGUUCUCUGCUCUUGUUGUGGUCGUUUGGUUGAAGCUGUCAGAUUGAAGUCACUGUGAAGAAGAACCACAGCUGUGUUGGUAUCAGACAUAAACUCAUGCUCCUGCAGCUGUGGACGACGUUGCUGUAAAAUAUAAAAAGUCAUUUUUAGUCUCUCCCACGUGGAGGGGAACGACCGUGGGGACAGGAAGUGAUGUAGCACAGACGUCAGCCUAGGUCGUCCGAUGAUGACGUUAUGUCACAUUUCGUUAUGUGUCGACCUUUUUUUUUUUUAGCAGUAAUGCGUUGGAGUUGUUUUAGUCGCUUCCUCAAACUAUCUUCACGCUGCAGCUGGUGCUCAAGUCCAAGAUUUUGAUCAGAUCCGACUGUGUUCUACACGGUCGUGUGCGACUCCACUCUUAUUCUCACACAGGUUUUCGGUGAAAUUCUUUACUUUAGUUUAUUUUUAUUUAAAUGCAUUAGUGUUGGUUAGACUGUUGACACAGAAAUCCAUCUGCACGCCCUGACUAACUAACUGAAGGUGCGUCUUUGCAAAAAAAAAAAAAAACCCAAAAAACUCUAUGCAGUAUAAAUGUGUAAAAUGAAAUGUGGGCUUUAUUUUCUUCUAAUGAUAAACCCUUUAAGGUUAAAGUUCUCAUUUAAACAUCAACACGCAAAACAGUGAAGAACGACAGGAAACAGGAAAAAAAAUCCAAACUCUAAUAUAAAGAAAGGGGAUGUCUAAGGCUAAGCUAAGCUAAGCUACGACUGAAGUCAUUUGCUUUGAUGAACGCACACUGUUCUGUAGUCGGCACCAUGUUGUGGAUACACUCUAUAUAACUGGACAGAGUGUGUGUUAAAAAAAACCAAACAAACAAACACCUCGUCACCUCGGUGUGUUCUCAUUGGACAGUACAGUUUUUCUAGGUCCACAUCAUUUAUAUCUUGGUUGGUUAUUCUUGACAGAGACGGUGAAAAAGCCUCGGUGAGUAAACGUUCCACCUUCAGGUUCUUUUUAAGGUAUUAGUGACCAUUCAAUCCCUCCCUGAUCCUCUUACAUUCGCAAGGUUCGCGUUACAGCUCAGGAAAUCGUGAAAUGGUCUGUCAUGGUCAGCGGGGCAAGUUGAAGAAGGGUAUUUUGUAUGUGCACGUGAACGUGAAAAUCAAGACUCGUACCUGCGCCGGAGUCCAGACAGUUUAAUCCCCUCUCCCGCCUCCUGCGUCUGAAUGGGACGAUUUCAGCUCCGAGAUUGAGGGUCAGACCUCACGGCUUCCCAUUUCCCCGUCACAAACAGAUUCGAUUUCUCCUCCACUGAGUCAGCGGGUUGUACAGAGAGCGGGGUUGGCGGCGGCGGGAACGUGUCGUAAAAAGGCCAGAGAGGUCAAAGAAACAAACAGACGUGUUUGUUUCCUGUCAGGACGCGGUGACAGGUGGCCUCGUCUCUCCAUCUGCACCUGCUGCGUUUACUGUUCCAUUAAAACCUGUUUAUGUGCAGCAUCACUUUUAAUAGGCUUUUCAAAUGAAGGCUGUAAACGGCAGCCACAGACGGGAGGAGAGCUGCGUGAGCUGGUGGUUAAAAACAGGCGGCUUGUGGGCCAGAAUUUGCCCGUGACCAGUAAUGUGGGGCCCACUGAUAAAGAUGUCAUUAUAAUUAUAUUUUAUUAUUAAUCUUCACUAAUCUAAUAAUGUUAUUAACGUUAUUGUUUUUAUAUAUGUGCUUUAACCUAUACCGAAGCCAUAACGUCGCAGAAAGAGAUUGUGGAAUAAUGUUCUUAUCCAUGAUCAGUGUUAAUUGCAGACACAGCUGGUCAGAAGGAGGCGCUCUGGAGUUCAAUUUUUUUUUUUUAGGAAACUCCCGCUGCAACUUAUGGUAUGAAAAAUAAGCCAUUCAUCAGUGGAAUUAAAAAAUACUAAUUAUACUAAAAGGGCAUCAUGUGAAAAGUGUCCAACCGACAUCCGACCAGCUGUUACUGCUGAUCGGAUGUCGUUUGUCUCCCUUUAAUCUGCAAACAUUUGACAAGGUUUUUACGUGUCGGUGCGUUUGUCUUUAUUUUUAAUUAUAUUCUCACAAACAUUUGCUCUAAAACAAUUUUGUUUUCACCUGCAGAGUAACAAGAGAAAGUGACAGAAAGUAAACACGGGUUUUCUGCAGUACUUCAAAUCUGAAUGGAGUACCUAACUAUAUUUUUGAUGUCAUAUAUUUGGUAAGGAAGAAACUAGAAAUGUUUAAUCCACAGACCGGGGUUGGAAAGACAAGACCUACAUUUACCCUGUGGGUGUUUGAGUCCGAGUGCUGACCAGUGUGUCCAGUGUGUUUCCUGACUCUGCUGAUGUCAGCUUGGGUCGGCUCCAGAGGCUGUGUUUUGAAUACUCUAGUACUUCAUGACCUUCCUGACUUUUACUGUAUCACUCUCAGCCUCCUUGGUUCGAGCUUUAUUCAAUGUCAAAGUCUGUGUGUCGAUGCUGUCUGGUACAAGAUCAGGAGAUUUUCUUUCUUUCUUUUUUGUGCACUGAAUGUUUAUCUGUAACAACAUCCAAAAAACUUUUCUUCAUCCAAAGGUGACAGUAGCUGCAGAGUAAAUGCUGCGACCCCAAAGUGGCUUCAACAAGCUGAAAUUAAAACACUUUUAUUAUUGACUGACGUCAGGCCCGUCUGUCGACCACAAAUGUGGUCUGCAUGGUGAUAAGGCAGAGUUCCUACACCAGUGUCUCUGCAGGGUCUCAGUCGUCAAGGUCAUCUUAUCUGGAGCAGUUCGGUGGAGGGCAACUGGACUCUGCCGUAGAACCAACCCAGUCCAGUUCCCUUCUAUGGAACUGCUUUGGUUUUUAACCAGAUCACCUUCCUGAUGAAUCCAAACCGGAGUUAGAGACUGGAAGAGUCUUGUGUUAACGGCAGAUCUGCCCCUGGCAGACACUAGGUAUGUGGUUCCUUUGGGAAUCGAACCCAGGACUCUCUGCUUCUGAGGCAGGCGUGCUAGCCACUAUGAUCUAUUGUAAGGUCUAGAUCAGUGUUUCCCAAACUUUUUUUUCUGUUGACCCUGCUGAAACAUGAUGCGAGACGACCCAGAAAUAAAUCUCUUGCUUCCCAGAUGAGGGUCACGACCCAGUCUUUGGGAAACAAUGGUCUAGAAUGGCAUUGUGAUAGGGUUCCUAGGAAAAGUGUUGAGUGUCAAAAGUGUUCCAAAUAACCAGGUGACUGACAGCAGAGAAGGUGACACCAAAGUGAUUCUUCAAAGUAAUUUCACGCAGCUUAUGUCAGAUUUUCAAAAUAAGAGCCAAUCCAAUGCAAUCUCUAAGAAGCAGCUGCUGACAAACCUCUGGCGCGGGGCCACGCAGAGGCUUUUUGCUUUUUGUUUUCUUCUUCAAACUCGUCAGCCGUGUUUUCGUUCGUGUGCAUCAACACAACUCUCCGUCUGCGUCUCCACUGAAUGUCAGGUGGCGAUGUCAGGUACAUAUUCAUGUCAUCAACCAUCGCGCUGUAGUGCGCCGUGAUGGUAAACACAGUCUGACGACCGUCGUCGGCUUGGAGAACCAUGAUUAGAAACACUUUGAACGAGCACUAAUUAUGUUUCCCUCUUUAUUCUCAGCGUCGCCCCCUCCUGGCAUUAUGGACAUGCAUUUAUAGAAGGCUGUAAUCAACGAAUGACAGACGCACAAUCAUCAACGUAAUGACUGUGUAGUGUCAUCACUUCACUCCCCCACCCCCCACCUCUCCCCCAGAGACCCCUCGUGUCUGCUUUACUUCAUCUCUAAUUCAGCUUCUCUGGUUCUACACACACAGAUACACACAAUCACACACACACAGGACAACAUGCACUUUAAAGAAGCCGUACCUUUAAUUCAUAACGUUGACGCUGAAGAGAGCAAUAAGUGGCUUUACUGCAGUGUGGUGUACAAGUACACGUCGCAGGGAAUAGAAUGUACUUUAUGAUGGGCCUUAAAGAGAUGGACAUGACGUGGUCGGUCAUCACACAGAGGCAGAGAUGGCGCUGCAGAGUCAGACAGAGUUCCUCCUCUGAAACAUUUUCACCCGUUUGUUCAACGCACUAUUGUUUACAGUUUAAAAAUUGCAAUAAUGAGAUUUUUUUUCUUAAAAAAACAAACAAAAA